AUGGCUUCAGGCAAAGACACUCGUCCUAUCUUACCUAAGCUCACCAACAACGGUUCUGAUGAGAGUUCAUAUAAGCCUGCUAAUAAGUGUGAUGAGAUUCAUUUGCCACGGUUUUCAUUAAAGCAAGGGAUGAUCCCAAGACGUUAUAUAAUGCCUUGGAAACAAAACAUGCAGUUCAGGAAUGUGAAUCUGAAGCAUGCAGAAGCAUGUGGGAUCCACGCCGGACCUUUGGAAGACUCUCUGUUUUUGAAUCACAGUGAAAGGCUUUGCCAUGGGGAAGAUCGUAAAGUUGUCUUGAAGAAAGGCCCACCAGAAAUAAAAAUUGCAGAUAUGCCUCUGCAUUCACCUCUCUCCAGGUACCAAAGCACUGUGAUUUCCCAAGGCUUCAGGAGACGACUGGUCUGAUGAAAGAAGAAUAAAACGAUAAAGUA